GGGGGCCUCGGCAAAGCGAGCCGAACGGAGCCAGGUGCUCUGGCCAGCUGGCUGAGGUCGAAGUUGUGGUGACCCCCGGGCGGCGGGGCCUGGGAGGAGGUGCGACCUUGGGUCCAUGAGCCGCGGCUGAGCCUCCGUGGGACCGGAGGAGGAGCGGGAGCAGAAGCGGGAGGAGCAGGAAGGGGUCGGGCCCGAGUCCCCGCCCCGCUGCUCUGCGGAUGGAUGUGCCGGGGCCGGGGGCCCCCAGAGCAGCGGCGGCCACGGCCACGGCGGCCACUAUGCUGCUGCGCACGGCCCGCGUGCCGCGCGAGUGCUGGUUCCUGCCCACCGCCCUGCUCUGCGCGUACGGCUUCUUUGCCAGCCUGCGGCCGUCCGAGCCCUUCCUGACCCCCUACCUGCUGGGAAGCGACAAGAAUCUCACCGAGAAAGAGGUCUUCAAUGAAAUUUACCCAGUCUGGACCUACUCCUAUUUGGUGCUGCUGUUUCCCGUAUUCCUUGCCACAGACUACCUCCGAUACAAACCUGUUAUCCUGCUGCAGGGAUUCAGCCUUAUUGUCACGUGGUUCAUGCUCCUUUAUGCCCAGGGACUGCUAGCCAUUCAGUUUCUGGAAUUCUUCUAUGGCAUCGCCACCGCCACGGAAAUUGCCUAUUACUCUUACAUCUAUAGUGUGGUAGACCUGGGAAUGUACCAGAAAGUCACUAGCUACUGCAGAAGUGCCACCCUGGUGGGUUUCACUGUGGGCUCUGUCUUGGGCCAGAUCCUGGUCUCUGUGGCGGGCUGGUCUCUAUUCAGCUUAAAUGUUAUCUCUUUGACCUGUGUGUCAGUGGCUUUUGCGCUAGCCUGGUUUCUGCCCAUGCCACAGAAAAGCCUCUUCUUCCAUCAUGUUGAUUCAACCUGCCAAGGAGUGAAUGGCAUCAGAGUCCCUAAUGGUAGCAUCAGGAACACCCCAGCUUCCAGUCAUCUUCCUGGUUGGGAGGACAUGGAAUCAAAGAUCCCUUUAAACAUGGAAGAGCCUUCUUCAGAAGAGCCGGUUUGGGGAUCAGAACGACGUUUGACUUCUAGAAAGAAUGAGAAAUUGAAGCCAGACCGCCUUCUUGUGCUCAAGGUCUUGUGGAAAGAUUUCCUGGUGUGCUAUUCCUCCCAUCCUCUGCUCUGUUGGUCGGUGUGGUGGGCCCUCUCUACCUGUGGCUAUUUCCAAGUGGUGAACUACACACAGGGUCUGUGGGAGAAAGUGAUGCCUUCUCGCAAUGCUGCCAUCUAUAAUGGUGGAGUGGAGGCAGUUUCAACACUGCUGGGGGCUGUGGCAGUGUUUGCAGUUGGUUACAUAAAAAUAUCCUGGUCUACGUGGGGCGAGAUGACGCUGUCCCUCUUCUCCCUCCUGAUCGCAGCGGCCGUGUAUGUAAUGGACAAAGUGAAUAACAUCUGGGUGUGCUACUCGUCCUAUGUUGUCUUCAGAAUCAUCUACAUGCUGCUUAUCACCAUAGCAACGUUCCAGAUUGCUACUAACCUCAGCAUGGAGCGCUAUGCCCUGGUGUUUGGUGUGAACACUUUCAUUGCCUUGGCACUACAGACUCUGCUCACUCUGAUUGUGGUGGACGCCAGUGGUCUUGGCUUGGAAAUCACCACUCAGUUCCUGAUCUAUGCUGGUUACUUUGCACUCAUAGCGAUGAUUUUCCUAAUCAAUGGUGCAGUCAGUGUUAUAAAGAAGUACAGAAGGAGGCAAGAUCCAGAAGCAAGCUCUCCAGUGACCACUGCAUGAUCCACAACUAAGGGGAGACUGACGCCUUAGAACCUGAGCGCUGCUUCCCACAACAACAGUGCCUGGACAUAAAAGUUCAUUGUGUUUUCCCUAAGUUAUAAGCAUAUAUUUAUGACAGUGUUUGAAUGUGCAUUUUUCUGCUUCAGAGCAACCAGGUGUAAUCUGUUUUCUUGGUGUUCCAUAAUUGAUCCAAGAAGAAAUGUUGAUUUUUAUAGAUUAUUUAUGUGAGAUAAUUUAAGGAUGACUUUUUUAGCCCUGCUUUAAACAUCCACUUGCUAAAGUGAAAGCAUGGGAUCCAGGGAAAGGGGGACCAGAAGGGGAAGUUCUGCGUUUAAUUUGAAAACAAAGUUAAGGUUUUUACAGGUCAUUCCCAUCCUGAUGCCCUAGGAUAGCAUCAUGGGCCCCAUGGGCCAUCGCUCCUCAGACAGGAUGGAGGUGCCCGGCUGCAGUACUCACCUCUGUACCACUCAUUACCACAGUUUCAUGUGUCUUUGUCUACACAUUCACUUAUUUGUGUUAGUGUAAAUGGUUGUUUCUAUCACAAGUGAGCAAUAUUUGCUGUGGUUCUAUUCCCUAAGGAAUAUACGUUGUGUGUUUAUUUUAAAUUAUUGUUUUCACCUCAGUGUAAGUGUUCUCUCAGAUGUGUGUGUACUUUGACCAGUACGUUGUACAUUACUCAUUAUGCUUCCCAGAGAAGCUCAUAUAGGUACAAAGAAUGGCGAACUUGAGGCCUGCUAAUCUGCUAAACUGUUCAUUGCUAAAUGAAUGGACCUUAUCAGAAAAUUUAAGGGAUACUUAAUUCUUUAGUAUGAAGGACUCUGACUUUACGAUGAAACCUAGAAUGAAUUAUGGGCCGUGGCUACAACCAACCCAUCUAGUGUUUGUUGUCCCUUUAAGCCCUAAAUAAGAGGAAGAUUUAAAAACACCUUCACUUCCUGAUUUUUUGUUGUCUUUCUCUUAUUCAAGAUAAGAUGGGCACCCAAGACUAUUCCAAGGUGUUUUUUUUUUUUUUUGUUUUGCGCAAAUGGGACCACGUAAUUUGUAAGACAGGACUGGGAUUGACUGUUGGGUUCUUUACCAGAAAUCUGCCUUUAAGUUCAGAAGUGUAUCAUCUUAAAGAUUUGAUUAAAAUUAGAAGUUGGUGGUGUUUUCUGUUUCCAAGUUACAUGAAGGAAAACAAAAUAGUUUCCACUUGAUUUUGAAAUGUCUCCGAUGUGGCUGCCAGUGUGUGUGAAAAAUAUCUGUAUUUAUGUCACAUUUUGAGAAACCAGUGAAGCUGAGAUGGUGUUGCCUUAUUCUCGCUACCUCUGAGUAGCUGCUUUUACCUGAGUUAUGGUUUAUUUUUGUUUUUUUUUUUCUAAUUUGAGAAGGAUAUAACUAAGCCACAUUAGCGAUAUGUAGGAGUGGGGGUGGAAGGGAUAAGUGGCAGCUUUCCAUCUGCUUUAUUUAAUGAGGAUCAUAGGUCAUUCCUUAUGCCUUCCUUUAAGAUGAAGAGGAUGGGCAGGAACAAGCUAGGAGAGAAGGGGGAAAUGAUUCCUUUGAAGUCAGAGCUUCUGGCUACUGGAUUGGGGAUUUUUUACAUUAUUUUCUCUUGGGAUUGUUCAUUCUAAAACAAGCCAGUUUGUUGUCACAAAGUGUUUUAGGUUAUUUUUUUAAUGAUGAAAUAGACUGACAUAAUCAAAAUGUCUGGCUACCAAAGCAUUAAUUUCCCUAUUCUCUGAAUGUCAGGUAGACCACAUAAACCUUUAGUUAUAUAAGAAAAGGAGGUCUUACCUGUGCAGUGAGUUUUUAGAAGAAUCUAAUUUGCACAGAUGAACUUACUGUACAUGGUUUUGCAAACAAGUGGAAAGAAAUUUUCUGUUGUAUGUUUUAUUCAAUUCUGUAUAGAUUAUAAAAUUAUUUUUAUCAAAUAAAUAUUUUAUAGUAUGUUUUCCUUUUUUGAUUUAAAAAUAUUUUAAAAUCUAGUAUAUGGAAAAUAACUUUGUAAUCACUUCCUUAAA